CAGCACUCCUCCACCAUGCCCCUGUUCAGCUGGAUGAAAUGGUCGCGUUCUGAACGAAAAAAGGCGCAGGAUGAAGGGGCGUCCAAAGGGGUAUCACCCAGUUGCACACUGAUCAGGGAGCUGCUGUGGCACGUAGAGGAGAGGGAGUGCAUGGCGCGGGAGGUGGAGCAGGAACACAAGCUGGCCCACAACACCGCGGGAUACCCCCACUGGCUCCAGAGCUACCCCAGGUUACGCACGCUGAUCCCCGCAUCGGAGCGCCGCCAGCUGGAGCACUUGUGUGCCCAGAUCCACCCUAUGCACACCGCUACGGUGCUCUCCAGGUUCCAUGACGUGCUGGCCAGCAACAAGAUCCUGCCCUGGGAGCUGGUGUACGUCUUCCAGCAGGUGCUGAGAGACUUCCUCAACAAAGAGGAAGGGGAAGAAGAGGAGGAUCACAUGCCGCAGCCAGAACUGCUUGGGCCAAUGGAGGCCUGGACCAACCGAUACCAAAUGAAGCAGGGAUUUGUCACACCUACUGUGCCCAACUAUGGUGAGGCCCAAAGAGAAGAGAUCCCAACCAUCUCUGGCUAUGUGGACCGUACCAUGAGAGGCUCUUAUCCUUUCACUGCCCAUAGGGUCUGGGACCUUCCCUACUACUAUCCAGUGCCACACAACUCCACAGAGGCCUACAGCACCCCACUGUAAGAGCAGGUUGGGUAGUAAAAUAGUACCCAACUCAUGACCUUACUAGCUCAUGACUGAAAGAGUUGUCAUCUUAAAAAAAUAUGUUACAGAUUCAUUUUAAUUCAUGGGUCUGCAACAAAAUAUUGCCCUGGACCAGCACUUGCAUGGGGGCAGAUUCAUACAUACAACAAUAGAUACUGCUAGCUAACUGGACUAGGGGUGCAUCUCAAUAGACUACUCGGUUACCCUAGCUACUACUGUAACUUAGAAAGCUACUUAAUUGCACUGAUUUAAUAAAUCUAGGAAUUUUGGCACCUGACUAGUUAGCUACUUUUACUGUGUUAGCAUUAUUUAGCUACUACAGUAAUACUAAUAUUUACAGAAAAGUAAGUAGCUAGCUAUGUACCUAACUAAAGCAACGUUCCUUUCAUAUGUUAGCUAGCCAGCCAACAAAUGUGAACAUGUGUGAAAGUUUCUAGGUUCCAUCCAAUUGGCAGAUUCCCACCAGAUUUUUCUACCAAAUGGUUUUGUUGCCGCUAAAAGCCUGUGCGUAAUGACGUAGUGCACAUACACAUACAUUGUGUGGUUCAAUUCCCAAGUACCGAAUAAAAAAUACAAGUGAAAUGUGUUUGCAUCGCAUUUAACUAUACUGAUGGUUCUCAAAAUAAAUGUGGGUUAUAUAGCUUGUGCCUACUCUGGUAUUAACACGUGUGCUCUAGACAACAGCACGUAGAUAACGCUUCGAGCGCAUGUAUAACCUACAUUAUAAGAUUAUGG